CCCUUGAUUGUUAGGGUCAAAAGAAAGUCUUCUCAAUCCCCUCUGGAAGCCCUCUGGUUAGAAAUCAAUGAAAGACCACUAAAGCGACCAUUAGUGGACUUUGAGAAAUUAUCAAUUUCUGAUUCAUCUCAAACAGAGAUCUUGAAAUGCAAAAAGGUAUUGGUACAACAUGUAGAAACAGUUAGUAGCACGAAAGCUGCAAUCGAUGUUUUGCAAUCAAUCGUGCCUAACUCUGACGAUGCCACCGAUUUCAAAACUAAAGUUGAGGAACGAAGACAGACGAGAAUAAGCAAGAUCAGCCGCUGUCUAGAGCCAGAGAAAAUCAUGAGGACAUGGCAAAAAAUGCUCGAUUUGAACAAAUAUGGAAGAGGCGAAAGGGAAAAGUUCAGGGUGGCAGCAUACAUGAACUGUGUCAUAUUUAUGAUGUUGUUCGUGUUGAUGCUGAGGAGGAAACACCAAAGAAGGAAGAACAGCCAGAGUAUGGGAUUAUACUGUGCCUUCUUUGUUUUUUUUCUUCAUUUUAGGAUUAUAUGUAGAAAUAGGCCUGUUCUGGACCCUCACUUUCGUUUCUAGACCUGUUUUUUUUUAUUGCAAAUCUAUGCCUAUCGAACGGAUUCCAUCAAUUCCGUUU